AUGGACAUUGACAAUGAUCGGAGCGCCAGGCCGGACGAUGACUUGGCUCAACUUCCGGAGGAUGAUUACGGGACGGACAUUGAGCUGGAUGAAGAGCUCGAGAGGGUACUCUACCGAGCCGAAUCGCAAGUUUUACAACUACCACCUCCUACACUUUCCGACCCUUUCCUUGUCCCGCCGACGCUUGCUGUCGAGAGGGAUGAAGAGAUAGACGUGGCUGAUAUUGUGGAUCUUGAAGAUGUCACGGGGUCAUUGCAAUCUUCUCCAUUUGAGCUAUUCCGUCCUAAAGGCAGAUUGAGUGUCAGCGAUCUUGUCGGAUUAGUGUGGUGUGAGAUGCAGUACGAUUACCGCCUGAGGACUCUGCCACAUCUCCCACCGCACAAACGACCCACUGUCAUCACCACUCGUACUGGCGAGCAGAUCUCAGUGGAUAAGGUCAAGGUCGAGGGCAAAGAGAAAGUCUUGAAACGAGGACAGAAAAUACACAAGCGUUUGGAGAAAGAAAUCCACCCGCAGGAGAUUGUCGUUCGGUCCGAGACCAAGGAAGAUGUAUGGGGUCUGAGAUUUCUCAACAUGUUUGCCGCAAUUGAGGCUCUCUUGACGAUUGGCAAGUGUCGAGAGUUACCGGUGAUCGGUCUGGUGGGCGGUACGUUGGUCAUGGGCGUCAUUGAUGAGAUCGUCCGGGAGCCGAUUCCCGUUCCCAAGACUUCGAAAGCUAAGAAAGAACCCGACAAGACGCAAACUUCGCUCACUUCGUUCUUCUCACCUACCAAGCCAAAGACAUCGACGGGACCUCUUACCCGAGCAUCAGAUUCUAUUCCACGAGAGGCCGAUACGCUGGCCGGCAGACUCCAACUCAUGCUAUACAAAGAGAUACUUGACGCCAUCCUCUUGGCAGAGCCUAUCCCAGAGCAAGAUAUAGAAACACCGCCCAUUGUCGUCUCUGAUUCGGCUAUAUUACCGACAGAAGUUCCAUUUGCAUGGUCAACGAUCUUCUCCCAUCUCGGCGUUCAGCUUGAUCAGCCAUUCUCUGAUCAUUUCUUGCACGAAUCUGCCCCGAUAGUCGUAGGCAACGAAUUGCGAUUCAAUGUCGAUAAGGCAAGGACAUUACGAGACAUGGUACGAUCCUGGGAGCAAUAUGUCUCGAUCCUUGGUCUCGGAACGCCCAUUCGUAACGCCUCACGUCUGAAAGUUCUGUCGGUCGAGGAGAAGAACAGAGGCAAGACGGAUGAUAGGCUCGAGCUGGUCUACAGGAGGGCAGGUUCGAAGAAGCUCAAAGGGGACGCGUCGGCGUCGACGCGAGCGCUGGAGACUAGGCCGGCAACGCUCAAGGGUGCGGCUUUGGAUCAGGCAUCGACCCUGCACAACUCGACGUUGUCUGAGGCUGAACAGCUAGAGGAAAUGCUCAUACAAGAGGCCCUGAACGAAAGUCUGCGAGACGGCAAUCAAACCUCUUACAUGGCCAAUGCAGAGCUCGACAUGUCGACUUACAUGAGGUCGGCGAGCUCCUCUUUCGGUGAUGAUGUUGACCAGGCAGAUCACAUUGGUGACGAAACGAUCGACGAGGGUCUAGCUUGGGCCGCGGAAGUCUCAUUCGGGAUCCACCAGGACGAGCCAAUUCUGAAUGAUGCGAAAGAGACCGUUCUUCGAGGGUCCCAGUCUGUCGCAAGCCAGAGCCAAAACACUCCCAGCUCGUCACCGUCAUCAUCAUCCAGCUCCUCACCGGUGAUCGAUAAACGCCGAUUGCCGGUUCAUGCUUCUGUCGACAGCGCGGCUACGGCUACCUCUCAGUCAUCAUUCAAUCGAAGAGGUUCAUCUCAGGGGACUUCUAAAGCUGGUAGUAUUAUCGGCAAGAGCGUCUUCACCCAUUCACCCAGGCAGCUCGCGAUACACCUCGCUUCGACUCUACAGUGGUGGAUGGGGGAGAGAGAACCUAAGGGUGUCUCUGUUCAUGAGACCAGACGGUGUGGGUGGUGUGAGUUCGAGGAAGGUUGCGAAUGGCGGGCCAAAAAGGCCGAAGAGGCUUUAAGCAACGCUCGGUCUCGUCUAGGCCGAUAA